AUGAGUGUAGUGUCCCGAGCACUGCGACACGUCCGAAAACAGGACGUGAUGACCGCCGUUGGCCAAGGAAGGGUCCGAGGCGUGGGUCCGACCAUGUCGCCAAGCCGCGACAGCAAGUCGGACCGUCAAAAAAAACGGUCAGGGUCAGUAGGAGCGGAGCACCCUGCUGAUCCAGCAACGUCAAGAGAAUUUGCAGGACUCUUGACGAAGAUUGCUCCCAACACGCAGUCUCUGUGUGUUACUGCCCUUAGUGAUGAGGAGUCCCUUAUCACUUUGGAGAUAUGA